AUGCGGAUUUUCUUCCUUGCAACUAGUAUCCUUUUACCGUUCGCGAAAUGCCUUACAUAUCACGGAGCGGAUUACUCGUCGUUGGUGAAUCUCGAGAACGCAGGAACGACUUACAAGGAUGGUGGCGUUACUGAAAAGUUUGAUGCAAUUCUCCACAAUCAUGGCGUUAACCUGGCGCGCAUUCGAGUAUGGACAAGCGCGAACAAUGCUGAUUACAGCCUGAGCUAUGGAUUGGCUUUGGCCAAACGGGCAGUCGCUUUAGGAAUGGAACUGUUGAUUGACCUACACUACAGCGAUACUUGGGCUGAUCCCAGCAAGCAGGCUAUUCCUUCGGGGUGGCCUACCACCUUGGCUGGUUUGAACACUGAGAUCUAUACAUACACCCUCAAUUUGGUAUCCGCUUUCUCUGCACAGGGAACACCAAUCCAGUUUUUACAGAUUGGGAACGAGAUCAACAAUGGAAUUCUCUGGCCAGUAGGCGAAAUCUCUUCUGCAGGAUAUUCUCCUCUUUCACAACUCCUACACUCGGCUGCUAAUGGUGCCCACGAUGCAGAUAGUUCUGUACAAGUUGUGGUGCAUCUUGCUAAUGGCUGGGAAGAGUCUGCUGUGGCUUCGUUCUAUGAACAAAUCUUCAUCGCGGGUGAAUUCGCUACGACCGACUUCGACGUCAUGGGUUUCUCGUUCUAUCCAUUCUACGAUGCUGGUGCUACAUAUGCUGCACUAUUGGCAAGUAUGAAUAAUAUCGUCUCCAAGUACGGAAAGGACGUCAUGGUUGUGGAAACUGACUGGCCGUCUUCGGGCUCGUGCUCUGGGGUUACAUUGUCACAAAGUGGUAUUGCUCUGUCACCGUCUGGUCAAGAAACAUGGGUGAACGGAAUAAAGAAUACGCUUUCUGAGGUUUCAGGCGGACAUGGAAUUGGGAUCGUUUAUUGGGAACCGGGCUGGAUUGGUAAUGAUGCUUUGGGAUCUGGCUGCUCGAAUAACCUUGUGGUUGAUGAUUCAGGAAACACUUUGACUUCGAUAUCGUUGUUCUCAUCAGAUAUGUAA